AUGGAGUCCAAGUACAAGCCAGCUGAUUUCGGUAUCCCACAGAAGUGGAUGACUAAAGACGAGCUCCUCGCUAUUCGCCCAUACGCAGCACUCACAACUACUUUCUUCAACAGCAGACCGUCACACUACCGGUUCCUAGUCCCCCUCACUGAGAAAGAAGCGAUCAAGUACUGCAACAUGAAAGGGGAGACAUAUGAGAGAAUGAAGGGCAAGACUGCUGAGGAAGAUAAAGAGAUUAAUGAGAACCUCAGAGGAUUCCGAAGAUCGAUUCGUCGUGGCAUUCAAAUGGUGCUGGACAAGCGGCGGGAAGAGGGAGGUGGUGUAUGUGAUGGAGAACCGGAGGAGGAUUUGACACUCUACGAUGCAACCGAUGAUGAGUACUUCGAAGUAACGGGAGGUCAAAAGAUUGAUGCAGACGAUGAAAGCCAGGGCUGGGUACUUCUUUGA